AUGUUGUUCGCAUCUGCGCUGCUGUCGCUCAUUUCCUUCCUCUCCUUUGCAUCCGCUUACAAAGGCCUCGAGGACGAGACUCUCAAGCACCUACCUGGACCGGGCGAUGAUUUUGAUAUAAAGAAAGGCUCGUUGCUGGCGCCUAUAUUGAUCCCCAGAGUCUCUGGGACAGAAGGCAACGCUGCCGUCCGCCAACACUUUAUAGACUUCUUCAAGUCGCAGUUGCCGGAAUGGAGGAUAGAGAUGCAUAACUCGACGUCGACGACGCCGGUGAGCAAGGGAAAGGAAGUGCCUUUUGUCAACAUUAUCGCGACGCGUGACCCCCCGGGUGGCUCGGAGGGGGACGUCUCGAGGUUGGCCCUGGUCGCGCAUUACGACAGCAAGUAUACGCCCAAGGGCUUCAUCGGAGCGGUUGAUAGUGCGGCCCCAUGCGCCAUGAUUUUGCAUGUCGCCCGCAGUAUCGAUGCGGCGUUGACCAAGAAGUGGGCUGCCGCUGAUCCAGACGACUUUGACGUGGAGCACAAAGGUUUGCAGAUACUGUUGCUGGACGGCGAGGAGGCUUUCAAGAGCUGGACCGACAGCGACAGUCUCUACGGCGCGCGAGCUCUCGCUGAAGAUUGGGAGUCGACUUUCCACGCCGCAUCAUCGAUUUACCGCACCCCACUCGAUUCGAUCGACUUGUUCCUCUUGCUCGACCUUCUGGGGUCCAAGGGCCCCCAGGUACCUUCGUAUUUCAAGACUACACACUGGGCAUAUAAGCACAUGGCAACUGCUGAGGCACGCCUGCAGAAGCUAGGCUUGAUGAAAUCUUCCCCGAACCACGAGUCGAAGAUGGCAAAGCGCAAAGACAAGAAGCCUCGCGCAGAACGCCCAUUUCUACCCGAUGCAAACAAACAAAACGAUGCAUUUAUGGGCGGCUUCGUACAGGACGACCACGUCCCUUUCAUGGCUCGGGGCGUGGAGAUCCUGCAUAUGAUCCCUACGCCCUUCCCAAGAGUGUGGCAUACGAUCGAAGAUGACGGAGAGCACUUGGACAUGGACACGGUAGAGGACUGGACGAAGCUGGUCAUGGCGUUCACUGCAGAGUGGAUGGAGCUUGAAGGUUUUUUCGACUUCAAAGCUGAAAAGCGGAAGGUAGAUGCCGAGAAGUCGGAAUUUGAGAUACCCUAG